AUGGGUUUUGUUAUUUAUUAUCUAUUUCACAAGCUUUAUGCACAUUUACUUCCCAAGGAGGAUGCUGCUUUUGACCAUUACAAUGCAUUUUUAGCUAAAAGACUUGAUGAGGCUAACAAAAUAGGUAGAAUAAUUGUUGCUGCUACUGGGAAGGAUCUCAUGGAUGAAGAGAAGCAAGGAGAUGUGACGGUGGAUCUGUAUGCUGCAUUUGACAUGGAAACAGAUGCAGUUGCUGAGCGCUCCUCGGAGCUAGAAAAUAGUCAACCCCUGGGCUUGCUUAUGGGAUUUCUUGAAGUGGAUGACUGUGAGAUAGCAACUUACUUUUGUCCAAUUCCAUCCAUAAAGUUGGAUGGAAUUGGGUGGGGAGUGGCUGUUCUUAUUGGUAUACCCCAUAAGGAAGCUGUGUUCAAGACACACCCUAUGAACUUUCUACAUGAAAGGACUCUCAAAGGAACCUUCUUUGGAAACUACAAACCUCGUUCGGAUAUUCCUUCUGUUGUUGAGAAAUACAUGAAUAAGGAAUUUGAAUUGGAGAAAUUCAUCACUCAUACACUUCCCAUAUUCUGA